GAGGUCCUGUGUUCUUUAAACGAAAGCAGCUUAACUCCUCGUGUCAUCUGGAAGACGACUCGCCUCUCGUCCAAGAGGAUUCUCCAGUUCUGAAGCACUGGGUGGGAGAAGCAGGCUUGUAAUCAGAAACAAUUACACUGACUGGGGAAUUGAGGUCACCAAUGAUGUCACUGAUGAGGCCAUUAAGGUCAUACGCAUCUCUGGCCCAACCCUCGUAGAAGGAGUUUAGUGUAGGUUAGAUUAUGGAUGACUGAGAAACUUCUCCAACAUAUUUAGAGACAUUCCCGCAGCAUUUUGUAUUUUUAGUCCUGCUUAUUAAAGCUUCAAAGUUCUACUUGACCUUAUUUCAUCAUAAACAAGGGCAUUCACAACAAGAGCUGAACUUAGCUGGCUUCCUGGGUCUAAUUUAUUAAAGUCUAAAACUUCUGUUCUGAUAUCAAAGGUUAUGUUAAGGAAGACUGUUUUCUUGUAUUAGGUAAAUGUUUAAAUAUACAAUUGUAAUUCCCUGGUGCCACCUUAAAAACCUGCAGUUGGUAACAGGACAUGAUGUCAUCAGUAAAUAGGAAGUAAGUCUGUGAAUUAAGGAGAAGGCAUGUGCAGCAUGGUGACCUUAGCCAGAUAAAUCCAGUGGCAUCCACAUACAUCCUAUGUCUUUGGUAGCAUUGUGGUUUCACCUUUCCCUGUGUCAAUAAACCUGUGAACCGGGAAUCGUUUCGUCAGAGACUUGAUGUGGGGAAGGAGUUUAGCUGACUGCCCAUCCCUAGCAGAGGCAGUACAGUGAAACCACACUUCCUAGCGGGCAAGAUAACGUGGAAACACCGACAGAUGGUAAGGAGACCAUCAUCUCAAGCAACUAAUGGACAAUUAACACAUCUAAGCAGAGAUUCGCUAAGAAAUUGUUCAGUCCAAGUCAGAAGAAACAACCAUGUCAAAAACGAACUCGCACACUCCUUCUGCGCACUCCAGUGCAUCAUCUAAUGGGUCUGCGGCAGCCAAGGCACGAGCACGCGCAGAAGCAGCAAAGGCUCGUCUUUCUUAUGCUGAGGAGGAAAUAAACCUAAAACUAGAAAAGGCUAAAUUGGAAGCCUCACUGAAAAUGCUAGAAUAUAAGAAAGAAACUGCUGCAGCCAUUGCGGAGGCAGAAGCGCUGGAAGCUGCAGCUGAUAUCAAUAGUGAAAGACGUAGUUGUGACCUUGUACUAGAUUCCGACCCUCUAGAAACAGAGGGACACAACAGUAUGUUGUGGACCAAAGCAAAGUAUCAGAGACAGAGCAUCAGCGGCAUGAAAAUGUUACUCCAAUAAAAACAGAGUCAUUCUCCAGCUCACAUGGAGUUCAGAUCUGUAAAGAAGAAGAUUUUCACGAGUCACGACGAGUAAGAUUUGAACAUAGUUCUGCUACUCCAACCCAGAAUCUCAGAUCUCAAAAUGACUAUAGGGGUGCAUUUUCCUCAGACUAUCCCAUUUCUCCUAACGCCAACUAUAGCAACCCCAACCCAAAUGAUUUUGUGAGAUAUCUUGCACGCCGUGAACUUGUGUCUACAGGCUUACUUCAAUUUAAUGACAAGCCACAUAAUUACAGAGCCUGGAAACGCUCAUUUCUUUCUGCAACCAGUGGCUUAGAUUUGACUGCGAGUGAAGAGAUGGAUCUUCUCUUAAAGUGGCUUGGUAAGGAGUCAAAAGAACACGCAGAGCAGAUCAGAGCAAUUCAUGUUAAUCAUCCAGGAGCUGGGCUGGAUAUGAUAUGGGAAAGACUCGAUAGAACCUAUGGCUCAACAGAGGCAAUAGAGGAUUCUCUCUUUAAGUGCAUUGACACGUUUCCAAAGUUAGGAAACCGAGACUAUGCUAAGUUAACAAAGUUGAGUGAUCUUCUGAUGGAACUUCUUUCGGCUAAGGAUGAAGGAGACCUACCUGGACUUUCAUUCCUUGACACAGCAAGAGGUGUUAACCCAAUCGUGCAGAAGCUCCCCUUUCAUCUGCAAGAAAAGUGGGCUUCAGCUGGUGCAUCGUACAAACGGCGAGAGCAUGUGCCAUAUCCGCCCUUUACCUUUUUUGUAGAGUUUGUUAGCCAGGAGGCUAGCACUGCCAACGAUCCAAGCUUCAACUUCAUCACUCAGACAGACAUCAGCCACAGAACUGAGAAGUUAGCGUGGCAGCCAAACAAGCAUAGAGAAAUCUCAGUUUUUAAAAUGGACGUAUCCUCCAGAGCUAGUUCUGAUUUUAGUAAAUUCUCAUCAAAGCUUGAUGAUUGUGAUAAAGUAUGCCCCAUUCAUGGGAAACCACACCCAUUACGCAAAUGUCGUGCAUUCAGAGAAAAAUCGAUUGAAGAGCGCAAGAUGUUCUUGAAGGAACACAAUUUGUGUUUCAGAUGCUGCGCAGCAUCAUCGCACCUUGCUAGGGAUUGCAAGGUCAAAGUGCAGUGUUCCGUGUGCAAGAGUGAAAGGCACGACACAGCUCUGCAUCCGGGGCCUGCACCUUGGAUAGAAGUGAAGGACCCUGCUCCAGACCAUGGCGGGGAGGAAGUUGAAACUCUGCCUCAAUCGGACAUCACCGCCAAAUGCACGAAGGUUUGCAGGGGAGAUAUGAUGGACCGAUCCUGUUCCAAAAUAUGCCUCGUGAAGGUAUAUCCAGCUGGGAAAAGAGAAAAAGCAGUAAAGCUGUAUGCAAUUUUGGAUGAGCAAAGCAACAGGUCGUUAGUUCGCUCACAAUUUUUUGAAGUGUUUGGUGACAGAAGCCCAAGUGCGCCGUACAUACUGAGAACAUGUGAAGGAGUAAAAGAAUCAUCAGGAAGGAGGGCAAGUGGAUAUGAGGUGGAAUCUCUUGAUGGGACAGUCCGUAUUCCAUUACCCAGUCUCACAGAAUGCAAGGAAAUCCCCAACAAUAGGGAUGAGAUUCCAACCCCUGAUAUCGCUCUUCAUCAUGCACAUUUAAAGUCACUGGCACACCUCAUCCCAGAUCUGGACCCAAAUGCCCAGAUCAUGCUUCUCUUAGGGCGGGACGUUAUCAGAGUACAUAAAGUCCGCAAGCAGGUGAAUGGUUCACACAACCAGCCCUAUGCUCAGAAGUUAGAUCUGGGAUGGGUUGUUGUGGGCAAUGUGUGUCUCGGCAGUGUCCAUAGGCCAUCAGCAAUCAGCUCCUUCUACACAAAUACCACAGAGCUGCGGAGGCCAUCUAUCUUUAACCCGUGCCCCAAUGUGUUUUGUGUUAAAGAAAGGUACAGCGUCACCCAGGUUGCAAACCAUCUUGCAACAUGUUCUGAACAAGAGUCCACCUGUGAUGUUGACCAUCUUGGAUGCAAUGUGUUCAAAAGGACCAAAGAGGAUAACCAAGUUGCUCCUUCAAUUCAGGACGCUUCAUUCAUGAAUAUAAUGAAGGAUGGACUACAGAAAGACACAAAUAACAGCUGGGUAGCCCCAUUACCCUUCAAGAGCCCACGUCAGCAGCUUCCUAACAACAGGCCUCAGGCACUGAAGCGUCUCAAGUCUCUCAUUCACAACUUUGAGAGGAAGCCUGAAAUGAAGGAACACUUCCUUAGCUUCAUGGAACAGAUGUUCAAAAAUGGUCAUGCAGAGUUGGCUCCUCCGUUGGGUGAGGAGGAAGAGCGAUGGUAUUUACCAACAUUCGGUGUGUACCAUCCCAAGAAACCAAAGAAGAUCAGAAUAGUUUUUGACUCCAGUGCUCGAUUCAAUGGUGUGUCACUCAACGAUGUGCUGUUGACGGGGCCUGACCUGAACAACACACUGCUGGGUGUAUUGAUUCGCUUUAGAAAGGAAGCUGUUGCAUUCUCAGCAGACAUAGAACAAAUGUUCUACUCUUUCUUGGUCAGAGAAGAGGACAGAAACUUCUUGAGGUUUCUAUGGUUCCGUGAUAACGACCUCUCCAAAGACAUCGUGGACUACCGCAUGACAGUCCACGUGUUUGGGAAUAGCCCCUCGCCUGCGGUGGCUAUUUACGGCCUGCAUCAAUCCGUUCAGGUCAGUGAGUUCCAGGUUGACCCUGAUGUAAAGCAUUUUGUGAUGCGAGACUUUUAUGUAGAUGAUGGGUUGAAGUCUCUGCCUACAGUCGAAGCAGCAAUCGACUUGUUAAAGAAGACACAGGAUGUCCUCUCCAGAUCUAACCUGAGGUUGCAUAAGAUUGCAGCAAACAAGACGGAGGUCAUGAGAGCCUUUCCUUCAAGAGACUAUGCAAGUGACCUUAAAGAUCUUGACCUCGAUGCAGACACAGUGCCGAUGCAACGCAGUCUCGGGCUCAACUGGAACCUUCAAACAGAUUGCUUUGUCUUCAGUGUCUCUCAGGAGACAAAACCUUAUACCCGCCGGGGAGUCUUAUCUAUCAUUAACAGUCUCUAUGAUCCUCUUGGGUUUGUAGCACCAGUUUUAAUACAAGGCAAGACCAUUCUACGAGAGCUCACUGCUGAGAAUUGUGACUGGGAUGCGCCAUUACCUCGAGACAAAGAGGAAGCUUGGACCUCGUGGAGAGCUUCACUGACAGAGUUGUCAAGUCUGAUGAUACCCAGACCCUACACUGAAACUUCACCAUCGACAGCUGUCAACAGAGAAUUGUGUGUUUUCUCUGAUGCUUCAACAAAAGCUAUUGCUGCAGUAGCAUAUCUUAGAGUCACAAACACUGCUGGAAACCAUCAUGUGGGGUUUGUCAUGGGAAAGGCCAAGCUGGCUCCUCGUCCAGAGCACACAAUCCCGAGAUUGGAGCUCUGUGCAGCAGUACUGGCUGUUGAGUUGUCAGACCUGAUCUCAGCAGAACUUGAUCUUCAGCUUAAUGCUGUGACUUAUUACACAGAUAGCAAGGUGGUUCUGGGCUACAUUUGCAAUGAGACUAGGUGAUU